AUGGGCGCCCUUGUGCUUGGUGGAGCAUGGCCAGCCUCGCGCCAACCACGGCCAUCGAUGAGCUUGACGGCAAUGGUGUGCUCGUCCUUGGAACGCGCCCGAGCCCUUGAAGUUGCCAAGGAGCUUAGACGACCGUACACUUUUCAGGCCCUCGACAUCGACGACGGCUCAAUCAUCCUUCAUCUAAAGAGCCCAAUUUCUUCUCCUGAUAUCCCAUAUCGGUUCUCUUUUGGAGUUCCCCUGUCCCUCAGCACCCACUAUAUCACAACCCGACGCUUUCGAGCGAGCACGCCCGACCCAGGUCCUCGAGAACUCGCUGCGUUACACUGUCGAGAAGCCGAGAAGCACGAGAAGGAAACUGUCGACGCCGAAGUGGCUUUGAAAGAAGUGGAUCAUCAAGUCAGGGGGAAGGAUCCAACUCUACUAUUAAGUAAGAGCUCUCUAUUAAGCAAAGUCUCGCCUCUAAAAGAACUAGCCUACUACUAA